UUAACUAACAGAUUGUCAAUCCACAUGAAAACAAAUCACUAAUACAUUUUCGUUUAAUGCGGAUGUGUUUCAAAACCUAAUAGUAUAUUAACUUAGCCGGUUGUAUCGCGCAGCUGUGUGAACUUGAACAUCCUUUUUGUCCAAAACACUCGUAUUUAACUAUGUGUAGGUGUUUCUCGGCAAUGCACACCGACUGUAGGCCCGACAGCACGCGUUGGCCACUGGGUGUCGCUCUGGAGCAAAACAUGGCGCGGCAUCUCCCCCACCCCCUAAACAUCUCCGAAUGUGUGCAUGUGUGCGAAUGUGUAGCGCCGAGAAACUCAGAAUGGCCAGAUUCACUCAGACUGAGACAAGAAGGGAGCAGCACCCACAGCCGCCCCAUCCCGCGUACUCCAGCCUGCUUUUCACUGGACCCGGGGAAGCACCGACCCAACAUCCACUCCUCCUAAUCCCGCACCAGCACCAGUACGCUCAGAUCCCAUUUCCUAAACCCAUGAACGGGUCAGAAUCCAUCUCCAUUCAUCCGGAGAACGGCACCAUGAAAGAUCAAGAUGCCAUAAAACUCUUUAUCGGGCAAAUACCGCGGAACCUUGAGGAAAAAGACCUGAAACCAUUAUUCGAACAGUUUGGGAAAAUCCACGAAUUGACUGUAUUAAAGGACCGAUACACCGGCAUGCACAAAGGUAAACGCGUGAUUCCCUUAAUAAGAGGCUUGUGA